AGAUGUGCGGUUAGAAUGUCGCACUUCCUAUGGAAUGUGUCCUGCGAACUGGUCAGAGGAUGUCUUGAUGCUUUUCGUGGUUUAUGGUUUGUGAGUCAAUUAGACAAGGAUGAGGAGUACGUGGUGGUCAACAGCGCACCGCGUUCUGCACCAAAAACAGUCAUGCAGCAAAGAAGAGAACAACGAGGUACGAUCGCAAGACCUGCUGAAAGAAUUUAUAGAAGAAGGGAGCGCGUUUGGAAACGUGUGCUGCAAUGUAUAGCGACCAAUGCCGGUGUCUGGAUACUAGUUUGGGUGCUGUUGAAGCUGUGUUCUUCCGGUGAUAAUAUGUCUGCUGGUGUAUUUGCUGUCCUGUCUCAACUAGUGAUUCUUCCCAUCUUUGUGUUCACUCGUAUCGUGCUGGCUCUGUGGUUCUCUGACAUAGCAGGUGCUUGCUUACGUACCCUAAAACUGGAUCCACCUCCUAGCGUGGAGCUUAGCACAGCUAUAUCGGAUUUAUUAGUCUCUCUUCUUUUGGGAUGUGUGUUUCUUGCCCAAGCUAUACUUGUGUCAUAUCUUCCGCUUCCAAGUUUCAUAUGCUCUAUCAUAUCUUUCAUUCACUUGUCACUCCUCAAUUCGAUGUACAGUUUUGAAUAUUUCUGGUCAUCUAGAAGUGUUUUGCUUCAUAAGCGCAUUGAACGGCUUGAAGCUUAUUUGCCAUAUUUCAUUGGAUUUGGUGCUCCGCUUACAUUCGUUUCAACAUUGAGUAACAAUUUUCUGCUUAACGGAAGUGUGUUCGGGACUUUCUUCCCUUUAUUUAUCAUCAGCUCCUACAAGGCUUCAUGGGAGAAACCUAAAGAACUCCGACGACCAACUCCGGUGCUGAACAUUUUCACACCAUCUCGUUUAGUCACAGACAGUUUUAUCAACUUUUUCUCAGGAAUAGUAGUUCCUCAGCGCAACACCCGUUGA